AUGAUGGAAGUGAUGCUAAAGCUGAAAGGCCAGACCGGCACGCUUGCAAAAAACCGACUGCAUUAUGCUGUAUGUUCAGUUUUCUUUUACCAGUUGUUGGUACCACAUCUUCAUUUCAAUACAUUUGUAUGGAGGCAGUGA